UUCAUUUCGAUCGCCAGGCUCAAAAUGGAUGGUUUGCAAGGAUCCAGUACGAACGUUAACCGGAAACGAAGGAGCAAUUUCCUGACGCUGGUGGAGAAGGUUCGCAUAAUUGAAGAUUUUGAAGCAGGAGGUGGUACGCAUGACUUUCUUGGGAAGAAGUACGGCGUAGGAUCUUCUACGGUCACGAGAAUAAUCCAAAAGAAAGAACAAUUCGUGAGGCGGUGGACAAGUUCAAGGAAUAUGGUGAAAAUAAUCGAAAAACAUUGAAAGAGCAGACGUUCCCUUUGCUGGAAGAAGCUCUUUACAUCUGGAUUUUACAGCAGCGGCAGUCCAACAUUUUGUUGACAGUGGAUAUUCUUAAAGCAAAGGCGGAGCUGCUGUUUAAGAUGUUCCAGGACCGGGGGCUCUAUGCGGUGCACGGUUUUUCUGCUUCGGAUGGCUGGAUGCAUCGUUUUAAGCAGCGGUUUGGAUUGCGCGUGAAAGCCGUAACAGGAGAAAAGGCAUCGGUAAACGUUGAAGCGUACCUAAAUUUCAAGAAGGUUCUACAGAAGAAGAUUCAGGAAAUGCAGCUAUCACUAUCCCAAGUCUUUAAUGCAGAUGAAUCUGCCUUGUUCAUCAAGCUCCUAGCCACGCGCUCUGUCGUUACCUGUGAUGAGACCGUGGCAAGCGGACGGAAGCAAAACAAGACAAGGUAUACGUUUAUGCCUUGCUCCAACAUAGAUGGUUCCCUAAAGCUUCCGUUGUAUUUCAUUUGCACUGCUGCAAAACCACGAGGAAUCAACAUCGAAGAACUUCCCGUUUCAUAUAAUCAUUCCAAAAAGGCUUGGAUGACCAGACUGUUGUUCCGUCAAUGGUUCCACGAAGAGUUUGUCCCCGCUGUUCGAAAAUUUUCGGCCGAGAGAGGAUUGGAGCCAAAGGCAUUGCUGGUUCUUGAUAAUUGCACCAGUCAUUAUGACGUUGACGAAUCUCUACAGAGUGACGAUGGACUGAUUCAAGUGAUCUACUUCCCACCAAAUGUAACUGCUGAAUGCCAGCCGAUGGACCAAGCGGUCAUCAAUGCAAUCAAGCGAAAGUAUAAAAGAAAACUGAUGCUCGCAUUAAUUCUGGAAAACGAACACUUAAGUUUCGAAGAACGAUUGAAGAAGAUUAAUCAUCAACAGUGUAUUUCGUGGUUGGCAACCUCUUGGGAGGAGAUAUCUGACAAAACUAUACGUAAUUCGUGGAAGAAAUUGAUCGAUGGUUUGCCGGAGGAUGCUGUUAAUGUAGACUCGAAAGCGGCCGAUGAUGACUUCAAAGCGCUUGUGUCCAGGAUUGACAGUUUGGCAGGAACAAAAACAUCUGAGCAAGAUAUUGAUCUGUGGAUCAAAGAUCAGGUGUUUGAUGCUGAUCGUAAUCCAGAUUGGGUAACCAGUGAAGCGUUCUCUGAUGACGAGAUUUUGUCAUCAGUUCUCAAGAAAGAUCAACCUGAAAUGCAAGAAGAAUGGUUGGUAGACACAGAAGAUGGAAGUAAUUCGUUGGAUUCUUCCAUUACUAGUACCGGAGAUCCUGAUUUUGGCGAUGCAAUCAAGUCAAUUGAUUGCCUAGUACGCUAUAUGAAGCAUGAUGUUGCAGAAGUAUGCCGUUUGAACGCGCUACGUUCGAAAAUCACUGAAGUUGAAUGGCUAAAACGAGCAUGUUGAAGAACUCUACCAUUUUGUUGAAAAUGAAUUUACGUGGUUUGUUUAAUUUUGUUUGAAACGUUUAAAAUAAAUAUUGUUUUUGUUGAAUAAUAUUCGAUUUUAUUUAUUUAAAUGAUUCAUUUAAAAUUUAUUUUAAACCUAAAAACACCAUCCACGAGCCCCUCGAAAAAAAUUUUACGUUGUCAUAAUUGACGUUUGUCUUCGAUUUAGUUGGGCUAUAGCCCAACGAACGGGAGCCCAACUAAAUCGAAGCCCAACUAAAGAUAGCCCAACGAGUGAAAUUCAACUGUAUCAAUAAUUACAUCAAUGGGACUCAGGUUUUGAAUCCGAUAAAACUACGGAAAGAAGGAAACAAGUGAGCAAGUGUAGGAUUUUGGUUUCGUUGUCGGAACCAAGUGAACUUUUCAGGAUGGUUUUGUCCCUGUAUUUAGAACCAGAAAAAAAAUGGAACUAAUAACUUAUACUAGGGGAUAAACUUUCGGUUUUGAUAAGAAAUUUCCUGCAUCUAUGCAUCUGAAUCGCAUUGUAAUAACAUGAUAACAAUAACCAGAUUGAUAACUGUUUUGGAAAAUCGACUAUCCGAGUGUAUUUAAAUUUGCAUAGUAAAUAAAUGAAAAAAGGCACCUUAUUUGAUUUUUUUCAUAUCGCAGCAAACUACAUUUGUACUGUGUUUAGUUUCUCAAACUUCUAAAUGAUAAGGAGAAAGUAACGUAAGUUCCCCGACCAAUAAAUGCUUGGAGGACACACGUGGAAAAUCAACAGCCAUGGGAGCAACUCGAAGAGACGUUCGUAACCAAGUUGAUCGGAUCGCUGAAUCUGAUCAGUGAGCAACUCAAUCAACUGAAG